AUGACCGCGUUCGACAUGCUGUUUUCUCACACUGCGACGACCGUCACAACGACAGCGGUCUUUUAUGUGCAAGGACUCCUCCGUGUUCAAUCAAUGGUCAUCGAGAAUCACAAUCUUUCAUGGAGAUCCAAGUACUGCCUGCCAUUAUCUUUAGGACUCGCCGGGUCGAACGGGGUAUGCACGUGGGACUUUGUUCUACGCAGAGAUGUCAAGCAACGGCAGCAGAAGCAGCUCCGUGACAAUGCGCAGUCGGCUUUAGAUCGCACGGAUAUAGACUCACGAGUUCGAAGUCUUCUACAGUCAUCACUGGACCAGCUUCAAAUAGUGAAGAACAAGAAGCACAGGUCCACAUUAUCAAUGCCAACUUGCUUGACAGGCCUCAAAUGCUCUCCCAGGUCCGACUUGCAAGCGCAGAUGUUAAAGGCCAAGCCCGACACGAUGCAGCCGAUCUCUCCCGGGUGCGCGCAUGGCAGGGGCUGUGAGCAGUGGAAAGAAUUGGAUGAAAUGGGGCGGGCCGGCACGGACAUUAUCGAGCAUCUCCACCUAAACCCGGGCCAGAUGCUGCUUCAGGGCCCGGGCCCCUCCUCGGCCAAGAGCUGCUGCUGA